AACUCAUUCAAAGUGUUUUUAAACUUCCAUCCUGGUUUGGAACCUUGCAGCCUUCUAAGCCUUCCCAACUACGCGGCCGAUCGUGACGGCGACCGUAGACGAGCUUCAGUUCCAUCAACACCUGUGCAUCCACCUUUCUUAAAUCCACGUCCAACAUCGUCAAUGACAGCUGUCUAAGCUUCGCAGGCCAUUGUGCGGUAUUCUGAAAUCAUACAAUCGCCAUGGCCACUCCACCGGCAGUGGAAGAUCAAGCUCGAUUGCUUGAAGAUGCCCUCACGGUGGUAAGGCAGCAGACGCAUCUCAUGCGCAAAUGCUUGGAAACACCUGGCAAGCUUAUGGAUGCUCUGAAAUGCAGCUCGACAUUAGUAUCGGAGCUGCGGACAAGCAGUCUUGGACCAAAACAAUACUAUGAGCUCUACAUGGCCGUCUUUGAUGCUCUGCGACAUCUUUCCUCCUACCUCAAAGACUCACAUCCUGUCAAUCACCUUGCCGAUCUAUACGAGCUCGUCCAGUAUGCCGGCAAUAUUAUACCUAGAUUAUACCUGAUGAUCACCGUUGGAACUGUGUACAUGUCAAUCGAAGAUGCGCCGGUCAAGGAGAUCAUGAAGGAUAUGAUGGAGAUGAGUAGGGGUGUUCAACAUCCAAUUCGAGGUCUAUUCCUACGAUACUACCUUUCCGGCCAGGCGAGGGAGAAUCUGCCCAUGGGCAAUGGUGACGGACCAGAAGGGAAUCUCCAGGACUCGAUAAGCUUCACCUUGACGAACUUUGUGGAAAUGAACAAGCUGUGGGUUCGAUUACAGCACCAAGGUCACUCGAGAGAAAGAGAAAUGCGGACACAGGAGCGCAAGGAGCUUCAAUUACUGGUUGGAAAUAACCUGGUUCGGUUGAGUCAACUGGUGGAUCUGGAAACUUACAAGAAUGUCAUUCUACAACCACUUCUGGAGCAGGUCGUACAGUGUCGUGAUGUUCUGGCGCAGGAAUACCUUUUGGAAGUCAUCACGCAAGUCUUUCCGGACGAAUACCACCUACACACUCUGGAUCAGUUCCUGGCUGCCGUCUCCAGGCUCAACCCGCACGUUAACGUCAAAGUCAUCGUUAUUGCGUUGAUGGACAGGCUCUCUUCGUAUGCUGCGAGAGAAUCAGAAGGUCAACCAAAAGAGGACCGAGAGAAAUUGGAACAAGAGGCGAUUACAAAAUUGAUGGAAAGAGUAAAAUUCAACCAAGAGAAGAAAGCUGCAGAACCCGCUCCAGCACAAAAUGGCGAGCAACCUGCAGCAACCAAUGGAGAUGCUCCCAAAGAAGCGGAAGAACCCGCAAAACCAGAAGCGGAAUCUGAACCAGCUCCUGAAGCUACAAGUAGCACAGACGGAGCAGAUAGCAGCAAGACUAGUAUCCCCGAAGACAUCAAGUUGUACGAGAUCUUUUUCGAGCAAGUGAUGAAUUUGGUCAACGCUCAGCAUUUACCAAUACAAGACACUACCGCCUUACUGGUUUCACUGGCCAAUCUUGCAAUCAACAUCUAUCCAGAUCGCCUCGACUAUGUUGACCAGGUCUUGGAUUAUGCAAAUCAGAAAGUUAAACAACACGCCAACAGUGCAGAUCUUCACUCUCCGGAAUCCCAAACUAAUAUCCUCAAUCUUCUCCUGGCACCAAUGAAGUCUUACGUUUCGCUCUUCACAGCUCUCUCGCUUCCAACCUACAUUCCAUUACUCCACUCGCAAACGUAUCCAACACGCAGAGCUGUUGCUGGAGAGGUAGCACGGAAUCUCUUGCGGAAUCUUACCAAGAUCUCAGUUCUAUCCCAGCUCGAAGGCGUGCUUGAGAUCUUGAAAGUCUUGAUCAAAGAAGGCACACAGCAGCCGGCUGGAUAUCCUGGAGUCCAACAACGCAAAGCUCUCGAGACCGAUGAGACAGUCGAAGAACAAGGAUGGCUUGCUCGGAUAGUUCAUCUGAUUCACAGUGACGAUAACGAUACUCAGUUCAAGCUCCUGCAAAUGACAAGGAAAGCGUAUGCUGAAGGCAAUGAGCGUGUAAAAUUCACAACACCAGCUCUUAUAACUUCAGCGAUGAAGCUAGCACGGAGGUACAAAACAAGAGAGCACUAUGACGAUAACUGGGAGUCACAAUCAUCGACACUGUACAAGUUCAUGCACUCCAGUCUGUCGGCACUAUACACCCGUGUCCCGGCAUCAGCCGAGCUUUGCCUUCGACUUUUCGUGGCAUGUGGUCAGAUAGCUGACCAGGCUGGCGCCGAAGAAGUCAGCUAUGAAUUCUUCGCCCAAGCAUUUACCAUUUACGAAGAAGCAAUUAGCGACUCGAGAGCACAAUUCCAAGCCGUCUGUGUAAUCGCUGGUGCUUUACACGAGACACGGAACUUUGGAAAGGAGAAUUACGACACUCUCAUCACGAAAUGUGCCCUUCAUGGCAGUAAGCUGCUCAAGAAGCCAGAUCAAUGUCGAGCAGUGUACUUGGCAUCCCAUCUUUGGUGGGCUGUUCCAAUUGCGGCCAAGGGUGAGACAGAAGAGACGAAGGAUUUAUACCGAGAUGGCAAGAGAGUUCUCGAAUGUCUUCAGCGAGCUCUCCGUGUGGCUGAUGCCUGCAUGGAUACUGCAGUUUCAGUUGAGCUUUUCGUUGAAAUCUUGAACCGCUAUGUCUACUAUUUUGAUCAGCAAAAUGAAGCUGUCACAACGAAAUACCUGAAUGGUCUAAUUGAGCUCAUUCAUUCAAAUCUGCAAACCAACCAAGAGUCUGCCACGAUCGAUAUGCCGAAACGUCACUUCCAGCGUACAAUAGAAUACAUUGCUUCAAGGGAAUACGAAGGCGUCGUGACAAGUGCAGCAAAGUAGAAGUCAGGAUAUGGCUAGAGACAAGCAAGGGUGACGAGGGUGAGGGGCCAGGUUCUUGUAAGAUGUUAUUGGAGGCUUGGUGAUUGAGGAAAAUGCUGGAUGUAUUUUGAGCCAGCAUCGCACAUCUGCAGUAUGUGCUCGCAAGCAAUAUGGCGUCUUUUGCAGCAUAGCAUCAUUGACUGCCUACCUGCCUCCUUGGCACGCUAUAUGUAAUAUUCGAUGAGCAAUGAGGAGCUUGGAGAUGAAUCACAUGACCUUUCCGGAUGCUUGGAUUUCGGAGCUUGAGCAGUUUUCUAUUGUGACUCGAGAAUGAAUGUCUCAGAUAUAUACAUUGUUUUAAAUUCCGAGAUAAAUAUAAUUGCAGAGAAUUUGUG